GCACGGUUAGUGUCCAGUCAGUUUUACAUCGGGCAUGCCUAGCAGACAGUUACCGGUUUACACUAUGUGAAGUGCGAUGGACAACGAGAAUUGUGUUAAUACAGAGAAGGUGGAUGUUAAAAAUUCAUAGAGACCAUACCAGAGAAUAUAUGGAAGAAAAAUGUAAUGAGCUUCUUCAUGAACCAUUCGGACAGUCUGAUAACUUCUGCAAGAUGAGCUACACUGAUUUUGAAUAUUUGGUGAAUGAAAUUUCACCUACGAUUUCGAAGAAAAGUACAGACUUCAGAGCAGCUAUACCAGCUAAAUAUCGUCUGGCAAUAACACUAAGAUAUUUAGCAUCCAGAGACAGUUACAAGAGUCUACACUAUUUGUUUAAAGUAUCCACCCAGGCCAUAUCAAAAAUUAUACCUGAAGUCUGCAGAGCUCUUAAUAACAUUCUGAAAGUUGAAAUAAAGAUGCCCUCUACAGCGGAAGGGGAUGCAGCAGUAAAUUCCCACAUUUGUAGUAAUAGUGAAUUCUCCGUCAUACCAUCAGAGCAAGUUAAUAGUUUGGGCUCCACCACUCACACGUGUGGUGAUGAUGAUGAUGAUGAUGAUGAUGAUGAUGAUUAA